CAAAAAUUGCCGGAAGCCUGAGUCAAUGCCCUAGGGGAGUGCGGCUGGGAGGGGCACAGCCCCUGUGAUGUGGAACACCACACUCAGAUUCAUCAGUUCGAGUUGCCUGAGGCCCUGCUGCCCCUCAGACCAUGUUUAACGGGGAGCCGGGCCCGGCCUCGGCCGCAGGUUCCAGGAAUGUGGUUCGGAGCUCCAGCAUCAGCGGUGAAAUCUGUGCAUCUCAGCAGGCAGGGGGUGGGACCGGGACCACCACUGCCAAGAAGCGGCGUAGCAGCCUCGGCGCCAAGAUGGUGGCCAUUGUGGGCCUGACCCAGUGGAGCAAGAGCACACUCCAGCUCCCCCAGCCUGAAGGGGCCACCAAGAAGCUGCGCAGCAACAUCCGGCGGAGCACAGAGACGGGCAUCGCCGUGGAGAUGCGGAGCCGGGUCACACGCCAGGGCAGCCGGGAGUCUACCGACGGGAGCACCAACAGCAACAGCUCGGAUGGCACGUUCAUCUUCCCCACCACCCGGCUUGGGGCCGAAAGCCAGUUCAGCGAUUUCCUGGAUGGGCUGGGACCAGCGCAGAUUGUGGGGCGACAGACACUGGCAACUCCACCAAUGGGGGACGUGCAUAUUGCCAUCAUGGACCGGACUGGCCAGCUGGAGGUGGAAGUGAUCGAGGCUCGGGGCCUGACCCCCAAACCUGGUUCCAAAUCCCUCCCAGCCACCUAUAUCAAGGUUUACCUGCUUGAGAAUGGGGCCUGCUUGGCCAAGAAGAAGACAAAGGUGGCCAAGAAGAGCUGUGACCCUCGGUACCAGCAGGCUCUGCUCUUUGACGAGGGGCCCCAGGGCAAGGUGCUGCAGGUGAUCGUCUGGGGAGACUACGGCCGCAUGGACCACAAGUGCUUCAUGGGCAUGGCCCAGAUCAUGCUGGACGAGCUGGACCUGAGUGCCGCCGUCACCGGCUGGUACAAACUCUUCCCCACAUCCUCCGUGGCAGACUCUACACUCGGAUCCCUCACCAGGCGCCUAUCCCAGUCCUCCCUGGAGAGUGCCACCAGCCCCUCAUGCUCCUAA